UUUUCGCUGGGCUGUAGUGAUGUGUAGCCACCAUGAGUGAAGCGGGCAAAUAAAGAUUUAUAAUGGCAGCGAGAGAUGAUGGAGGCUCCGCGAAGAUGCAACGUUUCGUCGUGCUUGUCGUGCUGAAUAAUCACCAGGGCGAUACAUCGGAAAGCAGCACGGAUUACUCGAACGUGUAAUUGUAUCUGAGCAACGAACCAACAAAAUGGGCCGUGCAUCGGCGUAAAGCAGAGGUAAAGUGACCUUUCAUCGCAUUGUCCCAUGGAAGAUCGGCCGCGUUUAGCGAAUCACGGCGUCAUGUUGACACUGGAUGCACAACCGCGUCGCGCUGUCACGAAAACGACCGCGACCAACGGCGACAUCUCUUGUGCUGCCGGGGAGCCACCAUCCUCCUCCUCCUCCUCCUCCUCCACCACCUCAAUCAAUAACAGCAGCUCCCGUUUGCCCAUGCACUUAACAGCCUCCUCUCAUUCUCAGCCACAGAGGAGGUACCAUCCGCCUUACCACUUUAAAGUGCAUCAUCUGUUCCCAGAUGAGAGCCCUCAGGAUGCUGUAUUGAGGAAAAACUUGCCACCCCUCCAGUAUAAGGUGCACGACUCUGCCUUCUGCCGCGUACUCAGCGCCGACACCACUGCUGCUGCCCUGGCCGCCGCCGCCGCCUGCUCUGGUGGCGUGGACAGGGACAUAUGGAAAUGUGGCUAUCUCCGAAAACAGAAACAUGGCCACAAGAGGUUCUUUGUCCUGAGGGGCCCUAGCAACCUCGGGCCCAGUCGGUUGGAGUACUAUGACAGCGAGAAAAAAUUUCGAAAUGCCCUCAAAGCUGCUGCCUCUGGAGUUGCGUGCCCUGCCAAAAGGGUGAUUUAUCUGUCCCAGUGUUUUACGGUCAACAAGAGGGCUGAUGCCAAGAACAAAUACCUCAUUGCCCUUUAUACUAAAGACGAGUACUUUGCGGUGGUGGCGGAGAGCGAACAGGAGCAAGAGGAGUGGUACUUAUCCCUCACCGAACUUAUGACGGAGGGAAAAAAGGGGCAGCUAGACAACGACGAACUUGACGACGGUUACGGGACGAUUUCGCCGGGCACUAUUUUCAAGGAGGUGUGGCAGGUGAACGUCAAACCUAAAGGCUUGGGUCAGACCAGGAAUUUAAUGGGCGUGUACCGUCUGUGCCUUUCCGCCAAGACUAUUCACCUGGUGAAGCUGAACUCGGAGACGCCCGCCGUCAACCUGCCGCUAAUGAACAUUCGCCGCUGCGGGCACUCUGAGAGCUUCUUCUUUAUCGAGGUGGGCCGCUCUUCUUCCAUUGGCCCUGGUGAAAUAUGGGUGCAAGUCGAGGACUCUGUGGUAGCGCAGAACAUGCACGAGACCAUUCUGGACACUAUGAAGGCUCUGAAGGCCUUUCCGGACUUUAGGCCGCGGAGCAAAAGCCAGUCCUCCAGCUCAAAUCCUUUGCCGUUUAUAACUACUCGUCGGCAUCUCGGCAAUCUUCCCCCAAGCCAAACUGGGCUGCAGCGCCCCUCCAGAACAGAUUCGGUGACGGGCACGCCACCGACGGGGAAAAACCGAGGGCGAGGUCAGCGCUACCGGACGUCCAGCGAGGGCGAAGGCACUCAAGACCGCCCUCUGAGCUCCGGCACGGGCAGCCUGUUGCACCUAAACACCCCCAUUCUCAAUGUGGGCCGAGAAGAAAGUGGCAGCUGCUGCAACCACGCCUCACCCGGUUCGAGCCACCACACCCGCUCUGCUUCACUUCCUGUGUCUCACUUUCUGUCUGCCACCAGCCCCAUCAGUGUGUCCAGCAGCAGUGGACACGGUUCGGCCUCCGACACGCACACUCGCCCCUCUAGCUCCUCUAUUUGUGGCUCCCCUAGUGACGGAGGCUUCAACUCCUCUGACGAAUUCUGCCCUAGCCCGUGCGACUUCAGGUACUUUCACGCAAGUUGUACCACACCUGAAUCCCACGGCAGCACCCCGCCGAUUAGGGAAGACUACCGGCUGACUGAAUACAUGACCAUGGAUUGGCAUAGAGAUGGAACAAGGACUUUUGAGGAGGAGAGCAGUUACAUGGAGAGGACUUUCCUCAAGCUAGCACACUCAUCAAAGCCAAAACUGGGUGGAAGCUUGAGUAUCACGCAGCAGAAAGCUACGCAAACCUCAUCUUCUUUGGAUGAAUCGAGCCCGGUGGAGUCAAAACGACACCAGGUUUGCUCGUGCCUGCUGAAGUCAGCCUAUAAGUCUUACUCUGAAUUACAUCACCCAAACAAGCCUCCCUUGCUCAGCUCUGAGUGUCAAAAGAAACUGCCAAAAGACGAUGGCUACAUGCCCAUGAUUUACAGCAUCGCUCCCUCUCCCAAUGCAGAUUACACCCCUAUGCAUCCCAGAGCAACCCUGGACAUUCACCCCUGUUCCUCACAGCAAGCGGACCGAUACGGCUACAUGAUGAUGCUCCCGGGCGAUAGCCCGUCCAGCAGAGAGCAGGCGGAGUAUGACGACUACAUGGACAUGUCCCAACUUACCGUGGCCGAAGGCUUUUCCCAGUCCUCACCUGAAGGCCCAAAAGCCUCAUACUUCUCUCUCCCACGCUCCUAUAAAGCCCCGUCACGAGAGAAGCACGAAAAGAUGGACUACGUUCCCAUGUCCCCGCCCGAGCCCCCAAGCCCACCCAGUCCCGGAGAGUACAUUCACAUGGACUUUGGGUCCCGCCCCUCUCACCCCUCCGUAGACUCGCCCUCCACUCCGCCGCCGUCUCAGCCCUGCUAUCAGCUGUGUUGCUCCUCACCAGAUCAUGACUACUUGGGCCUGAACAUGGACAGCCUCCUGAAGGACCGGCCUCCUCGCCACUCGCUCGUAGCCCCAUGGAACCCCCCUAACUACGCCCGUCCCCUAGGGUGCUCUUACGGGCAGGCGUCGGCUAAUUUGGAUCCCGAGAAGACGCACAACGGAUGCGGCGACGGUCCCUUGAGAAUGAUGCAGCACCUUUGCAUCUCCGAACAGCUGCCGUUCGUUCAUACGGAGCCCAAGGUCAUCAGGGCCGACCCGCAGGGAAGGAGACGACACAGUUCAGAGACUUUCAUCCCCUCAACUGCUUCUUAUGCUAGUGGUUGCGGAAUCAGGCCCUCAGCCAAUCAGAAUCUCCCCGAAGCUAGCAGAUGGCAAAACUCCACCUCCUUUGAUAGCAUGUGGUCACACUCAGACGCCUCUCCCGACUCGGCAGCCCCAGCGACGAGCGCUGCUACCAGAGGGGCGACUCAGAACACCUCAUCCAGCUACCUCAACUACAUCGCUCUGGACCUGAGAGAAGUGCCCCGUGACACUCCCCCUCCACACACGGCUCAUAGCAACCUCCAAGAGAGUGAUGCUUAUGCUGGUAUAGAUUUCUCCGUUUCGGGAGGACGUGCCACUGCCUCAAAAGAUUGAGUGAGUCAUAUGCUGGUGCCCGAAGGAGAAUCAGGACAUGGAGAAUCCAGCGACCUCUGGAACGCCGAAGAGGAAGCCGCCUCCUCCUCCUCAGACCUCCAACAACAAAGACUGAGAAACUGCACAACCUCUAAUGCUCUGUAUUUCCCACAUAACUGCCUCAACAACCGGUUUCAUUUGUCCGUUUUUGUCCGAAUGACACUGUUUGUUUUUUCUGUCUUGUUUACUAGAGCGGGUUCGCUAAAUUAGAACUGUGAGCUUCAGAUAUCUAGCACUUCUAUUUUUGUGUGUGUACGAAAUGAAACGCAUCAUAGCUCUUUGGUUACAGGUUUAUGUUUCUCCACGCAAAGUCGGAUAGAUCCGUGUAAAUAGGAGAAGCUUGUAUAUUGAAUCUCGUUUUGUAUUAUGAACCGGGUCCCCGUGACGCCCCACUCCUCGAGACGCUCGCCGUACUUAGUUCCACUGAUUUUUAUUUGUAUAAAGUAAUUGAAUAUUUUUUCAGGGGUCGCAGUGAACACGCUGUAAAAGGGUUCGAGUUUGUCACACAGAUCACUUCUGUGAAGACCACUUUCUGUUUUGUAGUGUACAGUCAUGAAAGCAUCACUUCAGUGCAUGAAAACGCCCCCCUGCGAGAGAAAAUGAACAUUAGGCGAAUUUAAAAAGUACGAGCAAUGCAACGCUUCGAAACGAGUACCGAGACACUUUUCCAAUCGAGCACUUUUUAGACGAGACAGUGUUUCUGAGUUAACUGGAUGCUACCUCCUGUUCACGCCAGUGGGAAAACUGUGGAAGCUUGUUUCCACCACGGAAUAAAAAAAAGAAAAGAAAUGACGGCUUUUUAUCUCAAUUCUGACUUUUUUUCUCAGAAUUGCGAGAUAUAAAGUCGCAAUUGCGUUAUAAAGUCAGAAUUG